AUUUAGUUAAAAUUUAUGCGAAGCUCCCAACAAGCGAACAAACGAUACCCUACGCUAAGAACCGAUCGACGACGUCGUUCUCUGGCUAGCAUCACAGAACGGUUUAAAAGUGGGAAGCGAGAGAGGAGCGGAGGAAAGCUCCGGAAUUUGAUUCUGCAAUGGCGGAGAAGCCUCAACCUGUGCAGGUUCUCUACUGUGGAGUUUGCAGCUUGCCACCCGAGUACUGUGAAUUCGGACCGGACUUCGAGAAAUGCAAACCCUGGUUGAUCCAAAACGCUCCCGAUGUCUACCCUGAUCUUCUAAAAGAAGGAGAUGCAAAGGAAGCUGAUAAAGUCUCGGACAAACUCCAAUCAACAUCGAUCUCUGGAGGUUCUUCUACCUCUAAUCCAGGAGAAGUUAAGCGCCUUCCUGGUGGAAAAGUUAAAAAGAAAGAGAAGCAGGAAAUUAUUAUCGAAAAAGUAACUCGCAACAAGAGAAAAUGUAUUACCACCGUGAAGGGCCUGGAGCUUUUUGGAGUUAAAUUGAGUGAUGCCUCUAAAAAGCUUGGGAAGAAAUUUGCUACUGGUGCUUCUGUGGUUAAGGGACCUACCGAGAAGGAGCAGAUUGAUGUUCAGGGAGAUAUUUUCUAUGAUAUCGUGGAGUUCAUCACAGAUACAUGGCCUGAUGUAAGUUCUUUCUCAACAAUUGGUUUACAUACAAGAGAUUGAGCACGUUUGUCGUAAUUCAUAAAUAUCGUCGUUUGUAUGCUAGUUAACUUUCUGGAGUCUAUUUUUAUUGAGUUUCGCCUUAUCCCUGAUAUUUGUCGUCUAUCAAUUGAAAGUGAAAAUGUUUCUGUUGAGGUAACUUGCAUGCAAGUGGCUGAUGUUCUCUGAAUAUCCAGUUUCUCACAUCAGUAUACUGUAAAGUUUCUGGAAGAAUAACUUCCAUCAUCUGUUACUUCUUGGGAGAUAAUUCCUUCUUAGUGCAUUAACCCAUAAGUUCUAAUCGUCUUUUACUUCAUCCCUAAGGUCUUAAUAUUUAUUUCCAUGAUAUAAGAAUUCAAAUUGGCAAUUUGACCAUGUUUACAAGUUAUUUGGGAAAUGAGAUGUGAUUUCAACUGUAAACUUCCUCUUGUAUAUCUUGAAAUGUGGUUAAAAUUAAAUGGUUUCAAACUAGUAAUUGCAUAAGGCAUUAUGCUUCAAGUUGGCAUGUGACAUUAGUUUCCAAGUCAGAUUCCUGUGGAGGUGUUUACUUGAUUUGAAGGGAGCAUAGCACUAAUGUACGAGCGUGAUUUCUUAGUUGCAAGACUAUUCAUUUCUGUCCCCAGUGUGGAUUGUGGUAUGUCUUUGAGUGCAUAUGAUAUGGGUUGGAUACAGUAUCUUUUACCAGAUCCUUGUCCUACACAGCGUCAUGUGCCACCAUGUACCCUUGCCACUUGGUUAGAAAGAAAGGCACAUUGUUGCCUUUAAGGAUGUGGACGUGAUUAAGGGGUUGGGAUAGGUGAUGUGAUGGAAGAUAUGAAGCCAUGUUGGCCUAACAAUCCUUCCAUUCUAGUACUUCAGAAUGUGUUGUCCUUGUCUGAUCCUUUUUGGUUAUGGUUAGAUAUGUGUGUAUGUACUAGACUUGAACACCUAUCUUUUUGUUGGUUCAUGUGUAUUUUUACUUACAGGUUCCUGAAACUGCAAUAUUCUUCAUAGAGGAUGGGAAGAAGGUUGCCGCUGCUUGAACGGUGUGUGGCCGGAUGGGCAGAUGGAUGUUUUGCACAAUGUCUGACCUAUAUCUACCUUUGCUAUAUGUAAGAAGUUAUAGAAACUUGGUAGUGAGGGUAAAACGCUAAAUAGUUUCAUAUUCUUAAUCAAUAUUGUAAUGGUAAUUGUGAUGUGAAGUUUUUUU